GCAGGCGGGCGGACCCGCCCCCGAGAGUGAGAAGAAGGGGUCUUAGCGCACCGCGGCGGCGCCUCAGCGGGUUUUGUUUUUGCACUGAAUGUAGCCAGGACGGAUCCUUGUGGGCUUUGGCAGCCCUUGGAAACUGUCAAAGGCAGUAUUUUGCAUUUCUGCAGAGCUUUGCACAGAUCCUGCUCCCAUGCAAACUGAUGAGGGAGAAAUACUGGAGGAGAGCAGUCCCAAGGUCAGUGAGAUGGAACAUGAGGAUUUUGUAAUGGAGGGGCAUGGCAAGACUCCACCUCCUGGUGAAGAAAACAAACAAGAGAAGGAGCAAGAAAGGGAAGAACAGUUAAUGGAAGACAAGAAAAGGAAGAAAGAGGAUAAGAAAAAGAAGGAAUCUGCUCAGAAGGUCACAGAUCAAAAAACCAAAGUGCCCGAAGUGACGAAACCAAGUUUAAGCCAACCAGUGGCUGCCAGCCCAAUUGGCAACUCUCCAUCGCCACCAGUCAAUGGUGGCAACAAUGCCAAAAGGGUGGCAGUGCCGAACGGACAACCGCCAAGCGCCGCCCGCUACAUGCCUCGGGAGGUGCCGCCGCGAUUCCGUUGCCAGCAGGAUCACAAAGUGUUACUGAAACGUGGGCAGCCCCCUCCGCCAUCCUGUAUGCUCCUUGGGGGUGGAGCAGGGCCUCCUCCCCCAACAGCACCAGGAGCAAACCCAAACAACGCACAACCAGUGACAGGAGCACUGCUGCAGAGCGACAGCGGGACUGCAACAGAUUCAGCAAUUGGAGGUGCUGCUGCUUCAAAUUAUGCAAAUUCCACUUGGGGUCCUGGAGCCUCUUCCAACAGCGGCACCAACGCCAACCCAACUCACAUCUGGGACAAGGUGAUUGUAGACGGGUCUGACAUGGAAGAGUGGCCUUGUAUUGCCAGCAAAGAUGCUGAGUCUUCUUCCGAAAACACCACCGAUAACAACAGUGCCUCAAACCCUGGCUUGGAGAAGAAUGCUCUGCCAGGAAGCACCACUAGUAACAAAGGAAAAGGAAGCCAGUGCCAGUCUGGAAGCGCUGGAAACGAAUGUAAUCUUGGGGCCUGGAAAUCUGAUCCCAAGGCUAAAUCUGUUCAAUCUUCCAACCCUGCUGCCGAGAGUAACAAUGGACUAGGUAAUUGGAGGAACUUGAGUGGACAGGACAGAAUUGGUUCCGGUUCUGGCUUCAGCAACUUUAACCCAAAUAGCAACCCAUCUGCUUGGCCAGCACUGGUUCAAGAGGGAAACUCUAGGAAAGGGACUUUGGAAUCUGAUAGUGGUAGCUCCAAUGCACAGAUUAGCACAGUAGGUCAGACCUCUAGGGAACAGCAGUCAAAGAUGGAAAAUGCGGGUGUUAACUUUGUCUCUGGCAGAGAACAGGCUCAAAUUCAUAACACUGAUGGACCAAAAAAUGGAAACACUAACUCCUUGAACUUAAGUUCACCAAACCCUAUGGAGAAUAAGGGAAUGCCCUUUGAAAUGGGCUUGGGGAACCCUUCCAGGAGCACUGACACCCCUUCACAAAGCACUGGAGAAAGAAAGAAUGGGAGUGUUGGAUCUUGGGGUACAGCUAGGGGGUCUUCUGGAACUGACACAGUCUCUGGACAAAGCAAUUCUGGAAACCAUGGGAACAAUGGAAAGGAUAGAGAGGACUCCUGGAAAGGAGCUUCUGUUCAAAAACCUAAUGGGUCAAGAAGUGAUUCUUGGGAUAACAAUAACCGGUCUACGGGUGGUGGGUCUUGGAACUUUGGCCCUCAGCAUGCAAAUGAAAGCAAAUGGGGUGAAGGGAACAAAUUAACAUCUGGGGUCUCUCAGGGAGAAUGGAAACAGCUGUCUGGGUCUGAUGAACUGAAGAUUGGAGAAUGGAGUGGUCCAAACCAACCAAAUUCUAGCACUGGAGCAUGGGACAAUCAAAAAGGCCACCCUCUUCCUGAAAACCAAGGCAAUUCCCAGGCUCCCUGUUGGGGAAGAUCUUCCAGCUCUGCAGGAAGUGAGGUUGGAGGUCAAAGCACUGGAAGCAACCACAAAGCAGGAAGUAGUGACAGUCACAAUUCUGGACGCCGCUCAUACAGGCCUACACAUCCUGAUUGCCAGGCAGUCUUGCAGACUUUGCUGAGCAGGACUGAUUUGGACCCCCGAGUGCUUUCAAACACUGGCUGGGGCCAAACUCAAAUUAAGCAAGAUACUGUGUGGGAUAUUGAAGAGAUGCCACGGUCUGAGGGGAAGUCUGAUAAAGGAACUGAGGGGUGGGAGAGCUCUGCCACACAGACAAAGAACUCAGGGGGCUGGGGCGAUGUACCCAGCCAAAGCAAUCAAAUCAAGUCUGGAUGGGGUGAGCUCUCAACCCCAACGGAGUGGAAGGACCCCAAAAAUACUGGAGGAUGGAAUGACUAUAAGAACCCAAAUUCUUCUAAUUGGGGAGGAGGAAGACCGGAAGAAAAAUCAUCUUCUUCUUGGAAUGACAGCUCUAGUAAGGAUCAGGGGUGGGGUGGACGGCAACCUAAUCAAGGAUGGUCUUCUGGAAAGAACGGUUGGGGAGAGGAAGUUGACCAAACAAAAAACAGCAACUGGGAAAGUACAGGAAACAAGCCAGUGUCUGGUUGGGGUGAAGGUGGGCAAAAUGAGAUUGGAACUUGGGGUAAUGGUGCAAAUACAAGCGCUGCUUCAAAGGGUGGAUGGGAUGAUUGUAAAAGAACUCCAACAUGGAAUGAGACGGGUCGACAGCCCAACUCCUGGAACAAGCAGCAGCAGCAGCACCAGCAGCAGCAGCAGCAACAGCAGGAGGCUUCUGGUUCCUGGGGUCCACCGCCCCAAACACCGAGCAACGGGCGACCUCCAAACCCAAACUGGAACAGCGGACCACAGCCAGCUGCCCCCAAGGAGGAGGAGCCUAGUGGCUGGGAAGAACCUUCUCCACAGUCAAUCAGUCGGAAAAUGGAUAUUGAUGAUGGCACUUCGGCGUGGGGAGAUCCUAGCAGUUAUAACUACAAGAAUGUGAACCUGUGGGACAAGAACUCACAAGGAGGACAGGCCCCACGGGAGCAGAGCCUGCCUACUCCAAUGACUAGCAAAUCACAAGCAUCAGUCUGGAGCAAAAGCACUCCACCUGCUCCAGAUAACGGUACGUCCGCCUGGGGUGAGCCAAAUGAAACCAGUCCCGGGUGGGGUGAAGUAGAUGAUACAGGAGCAUCGACAACAGGCUGGGGAAACGCACCUUCCAGCGCCCCGAAUGCCAUGAAAUCCAGUUCUAAAUCUAUGCAAGAUGGCUGGGGAGAGAGUGAUGGGCCAGUGACAGGAACACGUCAUUCCAGCUGGGAAGAGGAGGAGGAAGGAGGAGUCUGGAACACAGCAGGCUCUCAGGGAAGCAGUUCCUCCCACAACUCAACAAGCUGGGGACAAGGAGGAAAGAAAACACAAAUGAAGUGCGCAUUAAAAGGCGGAAAUAGUGAUUCAUGGAUGAACCCUUUGUCCAAACAGUUUUCAAAUAUGGGCUUGCUAAGUCAAACUGAGGACAUUCCAGGCAGUAAGAUGGACUUGUCUGUAGGUGGUCUCCCAGAGAAGAAGUUUGAGGUAGACAAACGAGCCAUGAAUCUUGGAGAUUUCAAUGACAUGAUGAGGAAGGAUCGAUCUGGGUUCCGUCCACCUAAUUCCAAAGACAUGGGAACCACAGAUAGCGGGCCUUAUUUUGAGAAGCUGACUUUGCCUUUCUCCAAUCAAGAUGGGUGCCUUGGGGAUGAGGCUCCCUGCUCUCCCUUCUCCCCUUCUCCCAGCUACAAGCUGUCUCCCUCUGGUUCCACACUAUCCAACGUCGGCCUUGGGGCAAUCGGCUCAGGGCUCAGUCCCCAAAACUUCGCUGCUAGACAAGGUGGCAAUCAUGGUUUGUUUGGAAACAGCACAGCACAAUCGAGGGGCAUGCACACACCAGUGCAGCCACUAAAUCCUUCCCCCAAUAUCCGGGCGCAAGUGCCUCCCCAAUUUCUUUCUCCCCAGGUUUCGGCCUCCAUGCUCAAACAGUUUCCCAACAGUGGCUUGAAUCCUGGUCUUUUCAAUAUGGGCCCCCAGCUUUCUCCCCAGCAGAUUGCCAUGCUGAGCCAGCUUCCACAGAUUCCCCAGUUUCAAUUAGCAUGUCAGCUCCUCCUGCAGCAGCAGCAGCAGCAGCAACAGCUGUUACAGAGCCAGAGGAAGUUAAACCAAGCUGUGCGACAGCAGCAGGAGCAACAGAUUGCUCGUAUGGUGAGUGUUCUCCAGCAGCAGCAGCAGAGGCAGCCUGGCAUGAAGCAUUCACCAUCCCACCCUGUUGGGCCUAAGCCACAUUUAGACAGCAUGGUACCCAAUCCUUUGAAUGUGGGUCUCUCAGAUUUACAGACCAAAGGGCAAAUACCUGGAUACGGUUCAGGCUUUGGUUCAAGUGGCAUGGACUAUGGCAUGGUGGGAGGAAAAGAGGCUGGAACAGAAUCCCGCUUUAAGCAGUGGACUAUGAUGGAAGGGCUGCCCUCUGUGGCUUCACAAGAUGCCAAUAUCCACAAAAAUGGUGCAAUAGUGCCCCCUGGAAAGGCUCGUGGAGGAUCGCCCUACAACCAGUUUGAUAUAAUUCAGGGCGACCCACUGGGUGGCCAUGCAGGCCCUGCUGGUGAUAGUUGGUUACCUGCCAAAUCUCCACCAACGAACAAGAUCGGAAGCAAAUCCAGCAACGCCAGCUGGCCUCCAGAGUUCCAACCAGGAGUGCCAUGGAAAGGUAUACAAAACAUUGACCCUGAAUCUGACCCCUAUGUGACCCCUGGAAGUGUGCUGGGGGGGACCGCCACAUCUCCCAUUGUAGAUACUGACCACCAACUUCUGCGGGACACCACCACAGGGUCUAAUUCUUCCCUCAACACCUCGCUGCCUUCACCUGGUGCCUGGCCCUACAGUGCCUCUGACAAUUCCUUCACCAACGUUCAUAGCACUUCAGCAAAAUUCAGUGAUUACAAAUCAACAUGGUCCCCGGAUCCCAUUGGACACAAUCCCUCUCAUCUCUCCAACAAGAUGUGGAAAAACCAUAUUUCCUCAAGGAACACUACAGGGCUGCCCCGCCCACCUCCUGGCCUGACCAACCCCAAACCAUCAUCUCCAUGGAACAGCACAGCACCCCGAUCGGUCAGGGGUUGGGGGACACAGGACUCAAGGCUUGCCUCUGCAUCUACUUGGAGUGAUGGUGGCUCAGUUCGUCCUAGCUACUGGCUGGUUCUUCACAAUCUCACUCCACAGAUUGAUGGGUCAACCUUGAGGACGAUCUGCAUGCAGCAUGGCCCACUGCUGACAUUCCAUCUGAACCUGACCCAGGGCACCGCUCUUAUCCGAUACAACACCAAACAGGAGGCGGCCAAGGCCCAGACUGCACUGCACAUGUGUGUGUUGGGAAACACUACCAUCCUGGCUGAGUUUGCCACAGACGAAGAGGUUAGUCGUUUUCUGGCACAAGCUCAGCCCCCUACACCUGCAGCAACUCCAAGUGCACCCACAGCAGGCUGGCAAUCCCUGGAGACAGGACAGAACCAGACAGAUCCAGUUGGACCUGCAUUGAAUCUCUUUGGUGGGUCAACAGGGCUUGGGCAGUGGAGCAGUGGUGGCGGCGGCAGCAGCAGUGGGGGUGAUCUCACUGGCGCUUCAUUGUGGGGGCCUCCAAACUAUUCUUCAAGCUUGUGGGGGGUCCCGAGCGUAGAGGAUCCACACAGAAUGGGCAGCCCGGCUCCCUUACUACCUGGAGACCUUCUGGGAGGAGGGUCGGAUUCAAUCUGAACUUAGAACUUUCAACUCUGACCUCGUGACCUUUUUUGGAACAGCAGCAGCACUAACUUGACCUUCUCGUUUUUUUCAACUUGCAAUAAAUACAUUUAUAAAAGGAAAAAAGAAAACAGAGAGAGAAAAAAAGGUGGGUCAUUGACAGACUGUCUGAGCACAUAGUUGCCUCCCUUAUAUAACUUCAGUUUUUUCGUUUGGAAUAUGAAUCCAAAAAGAGAACAUAUCACUCUUGAAAUACUUGAAUCAUGAACGCCAACCUAGAAAGACAAUGUGAAGCAAGUACACAUACCAUUUAAAUUUAAACACAA